GAACCAUUCAUCCAUUCACUUACCAAUUGUGGUACGAAACGGCAACGCUUUGUCCCCAAGCUAAAAUGUCACCAACACUUUCGCAUGGAGUCACAGUUUCAUAUACAGCAACGUUCCACUUCUCCUUAUAAAAUACAAACACAUCUUAAGCACUUCCCAAAAGCUCAGACGAUCGAUCGAACAUUCUCGCACCGGGAUAACCAUAUCCCAUUUCACAACAAACACAAUGUUUUCGUUAAGAUUCCCUGUUCCACUGGUGAACUCGCCUUCUUCUCAUUCUUUUCACUCUCACUGUUGCUAUCCUCCUUAUCACCGUUUCCAAACACAAGGACUUUCCGUCACUAAACGCGGUAUGGUCGCUGCCCCUGCCUGUGUUGCGCUUCGGGAUGAUGCAGGCGAGGGGACCUCUCUCGCCGGAGAGUCGCCCGAGCCUCUGCCGGAUGAGCUGUCGCUGGAACUGAUGCCGAAGCACGUGGCGGUUAUUAUGGACGGGAAUGGGAGGUGGGCGAAGUUGAGGGGUCUGCCACCGUCAGCGGGGCACCAGGCGGGGGUGCAGUCGCUCAGGCGGUUGGUGAGGCUGUGCUGCAGUUGGGGGAUUAAGGUUCUGACGGUUUUCGCGUUCUCCACGGAUAACUGGGUUCGCCCCAAGGUGGAGAUUGAUUUCUUGCUGCAGCUGUUUGAGAGAACCAUAAAUUCUGAGAUCGAUGCUUUUAAGAGGGAAGGAAUUCGAAUAUCAGUGAUCGGAGAUUCAUCAAAGUUGCCGGAAUCUCUGCAGAAACUGAUAGGAAGUGCAGAAGAGGAUACGAAAAAGAAUACAAGACUGCAACUUAUCGUGGCAGUGAGCUACAGUGGAAAAUACGAUGUUGUUCAAGCAUGUAAAAGUGUAGCUCAGAAAGUGAAAGAUGGUGAUCUUUACGUGGAGGAGAUCAAUGAAAACAUAAUUGAACAGGAAUUGGAAACAAACUGCACUGAGUUUCCAUACCCUGAUCUACUUAUAAGAACUAGUGGUGAGCUUAGAGUUAGUAACUUUUUGUUAUGGCAAUUGGCCUACACAGAACUUUACUUUAACAGAGAUCUAUGGCCAGAUUUUGGAAAGGAUGAGUUUGUAGAAGCUUUAAGUUCAUUUCAGCAGAGACAGAGACGCUAUGGUGGACGACAUUCUUAAACCAUUUCUCACCAUUAUAUAUGUUCCUAUCUUCAUCAUAACAUA